AUGCAGACUAAAUUAUUGUUUACCAGACUACGCUUUAGACUUCCUCCCACCACUUUGCAUCAUUUUCCCCUCAGAUGUUUCCCACUGCAGAGAUCUUUUUACUCCGAUUUGGCCAUUAACGAGCCUUUAAUUACACCGAAAAGAAUAAUAAAUGAGACACCUGGAUUGAACUUGUCUAUUUCUGAAAGAGCUUCGAACAGACUAGCUGAAAUUUACCGCGAUAAUAAUGAGAAUUUAAGAAUUAGCGUGGAAAGUGGCGGUUGUCACGGUUUUCAAUACAACUUGACCCUAGAACCCGCUUCCAAGUCUGAUAUGAAGACUGAUGCAAAAGAUAAAGAGUUUUCCGAUAGUCUCGAUGGUGAUGAUGAGCCUACAGAUAUAAUAUACGUGUUACCCGAAGACGAGGGUCGCGUUAUCAUAGACAAUAAAUCGUUAGACAUUUUGAAUAACACUACUUUGACAUAUACUAAUGAAUUGAUUGGUUCUUCGUUCAAAAUAGUCAAUGGCAGGUUGAAAAGUAGUUGCGGAUGUGGAAGUAGCUUCGAUAUCGAAAGCUAG